AUGUCACAGACGCGUACAUUUGUCUUUAUAACAAAUAUUCCCGACUUUUUGUUGGAGCCGCUUUCAACCGCCAGCACGAGUGCCACGAUCCGCAGACGUGAAAAUCGUGAUCCGCUUUACGAGCGGCUUCGUGCUCUGCUGGCGGCAAACACGUCUGGCGUGAUGCUUGUCAUGCAUCUCCAGACGCGUGGUUACGCUCUUGCCUUGUAUGCAUCGGAGAAGGAAGCUCUCGAGGCGUGCAAGACAAACAUCGUUCCAGAGCAACCCGGGCACAAAUACUCACCGCUGCUUCUCCGCAUUCUUCGGCGCGAACGGCCGGCGCCAUCAGAGGCGGUGUACACGCCCACGCUGACAGUGGAGGGCGAGGUUGUGCAGAAGGCGGAGUUGGCGGACACGCGUGGUCUCGAGUUGGUGUACCGCGGUCGUGCUGUCGCCAAGUGGUGCCCACACACCCUUGCAAGGGAGGAUUGCCUCUUUGGAACGGCAUGCUACCGCCUACACAAACGCGCAUACCAGAAGACCGUCCUCAAGCGGCCACGUCUGGGGGAGGCUGUGGUGCAUCACAUGACACCGGAGGAGAGAGCGUUGGUGCACCGCAUCUCAUGCAACACACGUCGCGCGGAAGAGUGUGUCAUCCCGGCGGAGAUGCGUAUCGACUUCUCUCUGCAUGUUUCCCUGACGCGUGACGAGGCGGAGGCACUUGUGGAUGACGCUGCUGGUGUGGUUCCCGCCUCUGUGCUUCAACGAGUGGAGGCUGCCUGCGCCGGACAUGGUGGACCAUAUUUUGUGAAGUUUGAUUUUCCCGGCGGCGCGCCGUGGGACUGGAGUUUGCAUGAUGAUAGAGAAGGCCUCCCACGGCUUCGGCAGCGUCUGCCUUUUCCUGAAAACGGUGCUCCUACGCCACUCGAGCGAGACAUCUUUUGCCAGCAAUUGCUGUAUCACUUGAAUCAAAUGAAUCGCUUUGAAACGAUUUCCUCUGCCCUUCGUGCCCUUGCACACAGUCCGAAGGUGCAGGAGGCCCUGCGGCGCGUUGCGCAAAAUCCAAGGGUGCAUGAGGGAAAACCCGAAGAAGGAGAAGGAGGCGCGGUUGCGUUGGGACUAUGUAUACGCCCAUGGCUUUUUCUGCCUACCGUCGGUGUGGAAGUAAGUGUGCUGUUGGAGAGCGGGGGCGAUCGGGUGCGGGGGAUUGUGCAACGCCGCAGUGCGCUGCGCCUCAUGACAUGCUUCUCGUUCCUGCAAAAACACGGGAUGAACUUAUCACGGUACGCCGUAAUUGGUAGCGGCCAAGACGUGUACGCGGAGGAAUCUUUGGAGGCGGAGAUGCGGCGUGUGGAAAAGGCUGUAAAACGCGCCGUGGAAGGGUUGCGGCAACAUUUGCGGCAGCAGGUGUCACGUGGAGGACAACUGCCAUCGAACGCGGCGUGGUGCUUUCAGCUCGCAGUGAUGCCAUCAACGUCACCAUCGUCCGUGGCGGCGGGUGAGGAUGCUGCUGAGAUGCGAUGUGUGGUGCUGUCAAUGAAGCCGUAUGAGGAGGCGUUUGAGGAGUUUACGGCGAUGCAUCCCUCCUUGAUGCGGGAUGAGGCGGUCACGGACGUGAUUUGGAAUACGAAGAGGCACACGUACGUCGCCCUUUUCCCGCGCGAGCUGAUGGAGCGGUUGAAGGAGGACUAA